AUGGUCUCAAAAACCGUCACCGCAGGCCAGCAAAAUGGCGAAACAAAGCCGCCACAAAAACAGAGCUUGGAUUACAUCUCAAGAACCGGGUUAGCUGGAGGACUGGCGGGGUGUGCGGCCAAAACCGUCGUGGCACCCCUCGACCGUGUCAAGAUCCUAUUCCAAGCCUCAAACCCUCAAUUCGCAAAAUACACAGGCAGCUGGUAUGGCCUUUCCGCAGCCAUUCGAGACAUCAAGCGCUCUGAAGGUGCAAUGGGCCUGUUCAAAGGCCACUCCGCCACUCUCAUCCGAAUCUUCCCAUACGCCGCCAUCAAAUUUCUUGCAUACGAACAGAUCCGCGCAGUUGUCAUUCCUUCACGGGAUAAAGAGACUGUAUUCCGCCGGCUGGCGUCGGGCAGCAUGGCAGGAAUCACGUCUGUCUUCUUCACAUACCCACUAGAACUCCUCCGAGUGCGAAUGGCCUUCGAAACGAAACAGUCAUCCCGCUCUUCCUUGACAGACGUCUGCCGUCAGAUCUACAAUGAGCGCGCGCGGUCCCCGUCAACAGGCUCCGCUGCGGCUGCCGAAUCUUCUACCGUCGCUGCUGCUGAAAGUGCUUCCGCAGCUGUGAACAAGGUUGUCCCGCGCUCUGGACUCACCAAUUUCUACCGUGGCUUUACUCCUACUAUCCUCGGAAUGCUUCCUUACGCUGGCAUGUCGUUCCUCACUCACGACACCGUCGGCGACUGGCUCCGUCUCCCUGCUGUUGCGAAAUAUACCACCAUCCCUGGUUCGACAUCUAAGAGGUCUGACAAGGGACCCCAACUCACUGCUGUUGCAGAGCUAUCUUCCGGCGCACUGGCUGGUAUGGUCUCGCAAACGUCUUCCUACCCGCUCGAGGUCCUCCGCCGACGCAUGCAAGUUAGUGGUGCAGUAGGUGAUGGGCACCGUCUUGGACUUGCCGACACUGCUCGUACUAUCUGGCUUGAGAGAGGAUUCCGUGGUUUUUGGGUUGGGUUGACUAUCGGGUAUAUGAAGGUUAUUCCCAUGGUUGCUACCAGUUUCUUUGUUUAUGAGCGCUUGAAGUGGUCGCUAGGCAUUUAA